GGUUGUGUGUAUGUGUGUGAGUGUGCGUGUGUGAGUGUCUGAAUGCGAACAAGUUGACAUUAUUUUUUUACAUUUCGCAAACAUCUUUGAAUUAAGCCUCUGGAAGUAACGGUGAGACGAGGACAAGAACUACAACUACGGAGGCUCCAAUGAACUCGAAAAUUACAAGUUUGCUCCGAAGAGUCUCAGAAAACAAGCCACAUCUACGCAGUUUGACCCAUUUCGGUGUUUCUUCUUCUUUAACACUACGUCCGCUAACAGCUGCUCGUGUUGUAGUUUUUUAUUUAUUUAUUAUUAUUUUUUUGGUGUAGUUUGCAGUUUGCAGUCCAGUAAUAGUCCCGUGUGCCUUUCUUUUAAUGCGUACAGUCGCUCAUGUUAGCUGAUGAAGUUGCAUUGAACGUCACAUUAGACAGUAAUAAACAUUGUAGGGGAUAAGCCAUAAACUACGCAGAAAAGAAAAAAUGCUAAAGACGCUAACGAAGAAGCUCAGAAGACAUUCACUCAAUGAGAUACAUCCUUUUCAACUGAAGAUUUCAUACCAUGGUGGUGGAGAGGGAGGGGAGAGUGAUGACUCAGAGGGGGAGAACCAGGAGCUUGCACAGAUUGACAGAGAGAGACGGAGAAAUUGUGCCCUCACCCCAUUGGCCACCAGCCAGCAGCACAACCAAGGUCCCCUAUCUCCGGCUCGGUUACGACGCCUCCGCCUCCUUUUAGAUGCCAAUCUGGAUCGCCACUCUUCAGAGGAGGAGCUAGAGCGCAUCAGCUGUGGUGACAACAGGAAGUGGGUGUCAGCGCUCCCCCAGCGACACGGCGAUCACCACAGCAGCGCCUCGAGUGACGAGGAGGUGAGGGACCUCUGUGGCUGUGGGUCACCGGCUGCGUCUGCCAGGCCGCUGGUUGAGCCGGUUGCUUGCUUGGCUGCAUCCCCCAGCCCUGUACUCUUCAGCUCCAGUCCACCACGUAGCCUCAAGCCACCCCCCAUGAGGUUUCAGCUGCAGGUGGUCCAGCCAGUUGCACGGCCCAUCAUUUUAACCCACUUUGACCAGUCAGCACCUUACAGAAAGUAUCGGCACAGUUAUGGAGGAGAGCCAGGAAGGCCCAGUCUGGACCUGGAGAAAAUGCAACAGAAAAUGCUGCUGAAAAAGAACUGCGGAGGGAAAACACGGACUAUAAAGAUUCGGAAUCUGACAGGAAGUCGUCCUCCGCCCAGAUACACCUACGAUCCGUCCAUCUUCGCCUUCCGCUCCUUGAGCACAGUGCCCCCCUGCAGCCCCCUCACCCCUUCUGAGGAUCCACCCUGCUCAUAAGAAAAACCACCCACCUGUCAGAUUUUCUUCUCUACCCAUUAUGUCAUUCCUGGACAGCUGCUUUUUUCAUUGUGGCUUCUGCAGCGAGACCGAGAAGUGGCCGUUAAGACUGCUAGAUUAAGACGCUUGUUUGAAGUCUGAACUUUUUGCACACUCAGGUAACCUCCCCCUGACCCUCUCAUCGCUCUCCACUUAAAACAACGGGAACAUUUGGAGGAUAAAAUGGCCUAAACAUUUCUGCAGAUACUUCAGGUUUUGCUUAUGUAUCUCUGAAGUUUGAUCCUGUGAUUGGAGGAAUAAUGGACUCAAAACAAACCUAGGCUGUGGACCAGACGUGGAACAAAAGGGACAAGGCCAACCAGUUUAUUUAAAAUCUGGAUUUACUUCUGGUUUGAUCAAUCUUCAAGGGAAAUAAUGCAUGUAAGACAAUCAAAUGGUUCCAAGGUUUCCUUUGUGAUGUAAUUUUUGGACAUCCUGUAAGGUUCUUGGUAACUUUAUAUUCUAAACAUGGCGAGGCGUCAGAUAUCCUGUUAUCAUUGAGAUAAACGUAAACUCUCUGCUCAAGCUACUACUUUCAAUGUGUCAUUGAAUAUGCAGGUCAUGACUGAGUUAUAACAAACAUGUAUGACAUGUAUGUAGGUGAAUAGUUGACCUUUGAUAAUGUACGUUUCUUAUUGAACUUGUCACUUUUAGUCCAGGUCAAAGUGAAGUACUUGUAUCCUCUUUCCUUGCAUGAAUUCCGCUGUUUUGCAGAAAGAGAGGUAUAUGGAAAUAAGGAAGUAUGAAUAUAGUUUGCUGCACAUUUGGCAAAAGUAACUGGUGCUAUGUUAUGCAUAGCCUUUUUUUGUAGUGUGCCAUUUUUUCCAAUAUUGUACCUCAUUACGUUGUAGGUAGAAGAGGACCACUGGUGUAUUGAAGACAUCCCAGUGCUUUCUUAAGAUCUCUUAAUGCCUUGAAGUCACAUUCCUGUUGUAUCAAAUGAAACUUGAGGGGAGUUUUUCGGCUCCUGUAAUGAGCCCGUCCAAUGAUUAAACAUGAUGUCACCACUGAAACUAAGAUUUUGCCGAAGUGAAUGUAACAUUGUGACAUGUUUUGGUCCAUUGUUGCACAAAAUUAAACAAUAAACGCCCUGUGGCCUCUUGUUUA